AUGGCAGAGACAGAUCCUCUCAUACCUCACACCAAUGCAACACAACUGCAACACACUCGAGUGUCAGUUCAAGAUGUAGGAAGGACAGUGAGAGUACGGAACACAGUUUAUUCUUAUACAAACCAUUUCAUUAUACAAAGUAGACCAUAUUUUCGAAGAAAUCUACCAACCUACAUCAAUUGCAUCUGUUUCUCUUACUUUGCUUGGAUAUUUUUCCUGGCAUCUUUUCUUGGUAUCCUGGCUGUUAAAGGUGGUUAUUUCAAGGGGACACCAUUUUAUUGUUUUGUUGUGUGUGCUGUUUUCAUCGCAGUCUUCAGCCAACAUGAGGUUGUCAAUAGAAGAUCACUGCCAUUUGUUUUGAGCCAACCCGUUUUUGAUGGCCAAGAGUCUUUGAAUGCAUUAUAUGAGUUAACUAUUACAGAAUUACAAGGAUUGGCACUACAGAAUUAUCAAGCUGGGAUUGGAUUUAUCCAUGUAUCAGAAGGUCAUGUGAAGUUUCAAGCUUUUAACAGACAUGCUGUGGGUGCCAUGCACUGUGCAAGGCGAUUGUCACGGUGCAUGUUGUGGCUUUUCUUCUGUUCUGCCUGUUAUAAUUUUUAUUUCAUGAUGAUUUAUUCACUGGGUUUUAAAUUUUAAUUACCAUCCCUGUUCUAAAAUAAUAUGCAGUAAAGCUUAGUGCUAUACAGAGGAGGCUAGGAUACCAGUUUUAUGCAGAAGUACAUUUAGAAAACAAAGAAGAUGAUCAUUAUGCCAAGCAUUGUUUACAAAUAUCAAAAGAAAUGGCUGAGAAAAAUCAGAUGAGUCUCAUGACAAAAGUUAAUACCCUAUGCAAUAAUUCAGAUCUCAAUGAUUACUUGAACAUAAUCACCAAAAAACACCGAAUAAAUUCAGACUUAGCAACCACCGCUUUCUAAUUGAAACAGGCAGACAUACAGUACCAAAAACUCCAGAAAAUGUUCAAAUUUGCCCCUUCUGCCACUUAAAUGAAGUUGAACACGAAUUAGACUUUCUGUUCAAUCAGUGCCAGAUCCAGAUCGUUAGAAAAGGGGGGAGGGGUCAUCUAGACCCUUAGAAAAGGGGGGUGCAGUAUCAAAAACAAAAAUUUUUUGGCCCUUCGGGCCUCAGUUUGGUCUAAAAAUAAGGAGGGGGGCCCAGGCCCCCAGGCCCCACCCCUGGAUCCACCACUGUCAAUAAUGUAAUCUUUACAAUAGUCUUUGAUCUAACUUUUACAAAAACAGUAAUAAUAACAGUAAUAAUAUUUUGACAACAAUGAAAAACCCUCUUCAUAUUUAACAAUGUUGAUCUUCAUAUUUACAGACUAGAGCUGCUUACAUACAAUGUAUGUGAUAUAGACAAAACUUGUUCUUUAAUCAUAGCCUUUAUUUUGAUUUAAGUUUUUGUAGCAUAAAUAAUGUAGGUAAUACCAUGUACUCUGAAAGGUAAAAUACUGAAAUAAAGCUGUUGUUGUUGUUGCAUCCCUUUCAGAACUGCGGUAAAAGCUCAGGGGUACUCCCUUAAAUGGCUUAUACUGGGAUGUGCCACUGGACAGGCAGGGUUCCCAAUAGAAGGCGGCACCCGGCGAUUGAUCGCCGCUUACUUUGGGAUUUAUAGCUGCUUACUUUGUGUUUAAGUCGCUUUUCUUUGCUUUGUUUUGACACCUCUGGCUUUGCUGAAGAGCCUCCUACUUUAUCAGUGAUCACCUCCUACUUAAAAAUCUAUUGAGAACCCUGACAGGGUAUGGUUUUCAUCCUCUCUGUACUAAACAGGGUAUAUAAUUUUGCACAAGUCUGUCCUAAAUCGGGUACACAAUUUCGUGCAAGUCUGUCCUAAACAGACUGUGCCUGAUUUGUGCUAGUCUGUUCUAAUCAUAUACAUUGUGUUUUAUUUAGAUUUGUUGAGGGAGCUGUCCUAAACAGGGUACUAAAAUUGAGGGUGUUGUCCUAAACAGGGUACCGUAAAAUUCAGAAAAUAAGCCCCUCCGUGUAUAAGCCCCUCCAAAAAUAAGUCCCCCAAACCGGUAACGCAAAAAACCCCCCGUUAAAUCGCCCCUCCAAAUAUAAGCCCCUCAGGGGCUUGUACUUGCAAAAUUGUCCUCAAAUACAAAGUAAAACAAAGCAAAAACGGUAAAUUUACUUCCAACUAUAAGGCUAGCCCAAUCGAUUUUGAAACACAAAAUUCCCUCAGUAGAUAAUCCCAUCCGAAUAUAAGCCCCACCAAAAAUAAGCCCCUCAAAAAGGGCCUUUGAAAAAUAUAAGUCCCAGGGCUUAUUUUCUUAAUUUUACGGUAUGUAUUUAAGGAGUUUUUUAGUCCUAAACAGGGUUAGGGUUUCAAACCCUCAGCAGCUUACCUAUAUACCCAAAUAUUGGUCAAGUACCCCCCCCCCCCCCUCGGGGGUGAAAGCAAUAUCUUUAAAAUAUUAAUAAAUGACAGUAAUGAAUAAAUGAUUUGCUCAACUCUUUCACAGCCAUAAAAUGCAUCUGUUAGCCCUUUCGGUCCUUUAUACAGACCAAAAUGACAGAUUUCCCUUUUCUUUCAUAUACCUAAGGCCUGAAAAAAAGGCCAAGUCCCCCUACCCAGGAACUGAAACUAUCCCUUGUUCAACAAACUUUUUCAAAAAUCAUAACUGUGGUACAGAACUUUAAAGAGCAUUGCUAGUUGCUGUACUAACUGUAUUAAUUAUUGAAACUAUAAUCAAGUUUGCUAUUACGCACGCACAGCACGUGUAUACGUAGCCAGCUGCAUUUUGGACUUCCACUAAGAAUGAAUGGAAUGCACAGAACGUAAUCUGAUCGCGCCCGUUUUUACCUUCUUUCGCUCGUAAUCUGAUCACGCGUGGAUUGACCAUCUAUAACGUGAAACUUACGCAAUGCACAGCUAUGGAGCAAAAGCGUUUUGACCCGCUGCGGCUUUGAACUUCGAUCGUUGUCGCCCGCAUUCCCUAACCUUACUAGUGGUAAGGGACGGACUGUUAGAAAACUUAUGGGGCGGGCGGGCGAAGUACAAAAAAAAAUUCGCGCAAGGGAAAAUUAAAUGAAAAAAAAUUCAUGCCCGCCAAAUAACCCUAAGAAACAAUCAUGCAAAGGACUUAUUUUCUAAAAGGACUUGUUUACGAAAACAAUUCUUGCGGCUCGAAAAUCCCCCCCCCCCCUCCGAUAACUUUUCUAAUGGUCUGUCCCUAAAUCGUGUGGGACUGCUGAAGAACACCCGUUAAAGAUUUUUACCAGUCUCUUGGUAGCUCAUUUUAUUGUGUUCCACUGUAGUAUGAGGCAUAGUAGAACAAGUUAAACUGUCAAUAGAAUUGAAGGAAAAUGGAAAUUUCAAAUAAGGGUCAGUUUUUCUUGGUUUUAUUUUCAUGUUCCUUUUCCAACAAUCCCCACACUGUGCAAUUACAUACAACCAUAAUAAAUUUAUUGCCAGGAGGCCAACAUGCACUCGAGGCAUAUUCGUGUUGCUGUCGCGUGGGCGCUAGUUCGACCAUUUUGAAAAAAAAACUACUUUUGAAGCGUCAAUGUAUUAAGCACGAAAGUGCUUACUGAGGACACUAUUUUGUGUCUCCUACUGGAGACAGGCCGGCCAUUUUACGUGGUUAUCCGACUCGCUUCCUCACACAAAGAUUUUGAGGAAGGAAAGUUGCCAUUAAAAAAAACCCUGUCCCUUGCGAAAUUAACCUGUGCCUGAUCCAACCGGCAGCGCCUGGAAAAACAGAUUUCCUUCUUGUGUGUGAAUGGUGCUAAUAAAACCACAAUGUAUUUCGAGAUUGCUUUACUUAUGAAGUGACUUUUCAUUGCCUGGUAGAUGCUCUCUUUUGGAACCAGGUCCCGUGGUAUCAUCAAUAUUGGAGCAUGACAGUCCAACCGCUGACCAAAAGACCACGGAGCAGUUUCAAAACUAUAGACUUAGGUUUAGUGACUUGUUUCAGGAAGGGAUUCAAAUGUGGAUGAAGUUGCAGAGAUUGUGA